AUGGCCACAGCGUCGGGGAACCCCGGAUGGAUCAACGGUAGCUGCAACUGCGGCAAGAUCACGGUGUCCCUCAAGCCACCCUCAGAUGGGUUGCAUGUCUGCCACUGUAUCGACUGCAGGAAGUUCACGGGGGCCAUCGCUGCCUUCCUUCUCCAGCUCCCUGCCGCUGAUUUCAAGAUCGAAGGCGAGUACCGCACGUGGAACACGAUUGGCAACACUGGACUCAAGGUAGGGCGGUACUUCUGCGGCGAGUGCGGAUCCUAA